AUGAAGAAGGGGUUUGCGUAUUCGGAGGUGAAAGGAGCGUGGAUUGAAUCGAUUGAGUAUGCAACGGAGAAGAAUCAUAUGAUAGAGAACGGCGGUGAGAAUGACACGGCACGUCUCCGUAGGAAAGGGAAGAGUCAUAAGAAGAUUGGCGUGAGAGGGUUGGAUGAUGGACGUUCGAAGUCGUUAAGGCAGACCGCUUCGGAAGGCGAAUCGGAAGGCGACGGCGGGGCUGUGGUUGGCCUCUUCAGAGGCAUUACUGUAUUCACGAUGAUGGGUGAGGGACGAGAAUGCGUGGAGGAAUCAUCCGAGGACGAUCCGGUAGUUGGAUACGAGGAUAUUAUCUUCCGCCCCACUGUUUACACUGAGGGACUGGGGGAAUGUCAUCUGGUGGCAAUGAAGACGCAUCAGAUUCUUCUGCGUCGAAGACCAAUGCGACGGAAGAAGGGUUUAAGAGAAAUGGAGGAUCGAGACGAGCGCAUUGUGCAAAAUGAUGGGGCACGGCUCGACGUCGAUGAGAGAGAUGCAGGAGAGAGUGGACUCGCGGAAAACGACGUCGGAGAUGAUUGGCAUGAAGACGUGUCAGAGAACUGCGACAGCGGGGGAGGCUUUGGCUGCUUUGGUUGGCCUAAAUCUGGUGCAGCGAAGAAGGAGACGGGUGAGGAAGGGUUGAUGCAAUCAGGCUUCCUGGCGUCACAGCUGUUCAAGAAUAGUUCGAAGCAUGCCGGCAUUCAGAGUCGAAGGUAUUCCGAGGAGGGAGAAGAGCGGGCCGAGGGCAAUAGCGAAAGCGACAUCCAUAAGGCGACAGGAAUGGUAGAUCAUGGGGCGGAUAUACCAACUACAUCUGUAAGAGUCUUCUCUUCAUCACCAAAAGUCCUAGUUCGAAGCUAUAAUGAGACGGUGUUAUUUGUAAUUUUGCGAAUGAUCGGUUCACACCCGGAGUUGAUAAGAACGUACCCACAGCAGACAGGGAACCGGGUAACUACUGCCGGAAUAGCUUAA